AUGGAUUUGUUCUGCGGAGAGGAUUCCGGCGUGUUUUCCGCCGAAUCAACGGCUGAUUUCUCAUCGGAGGAAGUCGAUUCAUGGCCGGAUGAUUCAAUCGCAAGUUUUAUCGAAGACGAGAGACACUUUGUUCCGGGAGUUGACUAUCUCUCUAGAUUCCAAUCUCGAUCUCUCGAUGCUUCCGCUAGAGAAGAAUCCGUCGCAUGGAUACUCAAGGUACAAGCGUAUUACAGUUUUCAGCCUUUAACGGCGUAUCUCGCCGUUAACUAUAUGGACCGGUUUCUUUACGCUCGUCGAUUACCGGAAACGAGUGGUUGGCCAAUGCAACUUUUAGCAGUGGCAUGCUUGUCUUUAGCUGCAAAGAUGGAGGAAAUUCUCGUUCCUUGUCUUUUUGAUUUCCAGGUUGAAGGAGUGAAGUACAUAUUUGAAGCUAAAACGAUAAAAAGAAUGGAACUUCUUGUUCUGAGUGUGUUAGAUUGGAGACUAAGAUCAGUCACACCCUUCUGCUUCCUCAGCUUCUUCGCUUACAAGAUCGAUCCUUUAGGAACUUUUCUCGAGUUCUUUCUCUCCAAUGCAACAGAGAUUAUACUAUCCAACAUAAAAGAAGCGAGCUUUCUUGAGUAUUGGCCAUCGAGCAUAGCUGCAGCUGCGAUUCUCUGUGUAGCCAACGAACUCCCUUCUCUAUCCUCUGCUGCGAAUCCGCACGAGAGCCCUGAGACUUGGUGUAACGGAUUGAGCAAAGAGAAGAUUGUGAGAUGUUAUAGGCUGAUGAAAGCAAUGACGGUAGAGAAUAACCGAAGAAAUUCACCAAAAGUGAUACCAAAGCUACGAAUUCCCAAGGAUAAAGUAAGAUGA